AUGUCGUCCGAAUUAGAAGCGUUUUAUUCGACUAAUUAUCUGUUUGAAGACAGUUACGAAGAAGACAAAUCCAACAAAAAUUCUAAUGAUCAGAUUAAAGGUUUUCUCGGGUUGAUAUCUCAUCAAGACGAAACCAACCAAAAUGUCAAUUAUUUUUUCGUAGGAUAUUAUAAAACUCCUAGUAUAUGUAAUCAGUUUGUAUACAACCAAAAUCUUAACCAGUUCGACCAAAAUCCCAAUAAUCAAAAUCUU